AUGUCUGCUAACAAGGGCUGGUGGGUGCCACCUGAGGGUGAGGACAACCUGACUGAGAAGUUCCUAAGGAAAACCAGGGAGUCUCCAUUGGUGCCUAUAGGUGUAGGAGGCUGCCUGGUGGUAGCAGCGUACAGGAUUUACCGGCUGAAGGCUCGAGGUUCCACCAAGUUGUCCAUACAUCUGAUUCACACCCGAGUGGCAGCACAGGCAUGCGCUGUGGGCGCGAUCAUGCUCGGUGCCAUGUACACAAUGUACAGAGAUUACAUCAAGAGGGCGUCAGAGGACCCCGAGAAGUCAGACUCCUGA